AAAGCAAGCAUGCAUGCACUUUUGCAUCGACUACCAACGCCGGUCGACAAUUGCCUCAAACUUCGUGUUCUCUUCCAUGAUAUCAGGAUUCGUCACACAUAUUAAAGCUUUUAUUACGGCCAACGGCGUUUGAACUCGCUCCUCCUCGGUCGCGGGCAACGCGCCUUCUCCUCACACCGCGUGCGGCGUAAUGGCACCACGUCGCCUUUGCUCCAUUCCAUGUCCACCACGUUCUUGGACACCACCCUACAUGUACCAACCGCGUUCCCUUCCUCCCCUUCUCCAUUCACAGUGCACACAUCAACCAUGGCAGCAAGGCGAAGAAUCGAGUUCGGUUCCGUGGCUAGUUUGCUACUGAUGGGAGUCUUCUUCUUCUGCAUAUGGCCGCCGAGUCCAGCGUUCGCUUAUGGCGGAAAUUCCACGGCGGAGAACGCGAAGGACAGUGCGAAGAUAGCUGCCGAGAAGGCCGAGGUGAAGGCGUCGAAGGCCGCGCAGGACAUCAGGCAGACGUCCGAGUCCUGCGCUGACUGGGCGGGCGGCAAGAUCGCCGAGUUCGCCUCUCUUCCAUCUCUUGGCUCGCCGCCGGCUUGUUUGUGUCGUCUUUGUUGCUGUUAGUCGCUAAAGGUUAUAGUCCUUGACUAUGUGCAGGGGGCUCGGGACGAUGCAGGAGAACGCGAAGGUAGCGUCGGAGAAGACGAAGGAUAAGGCGGGAGACAUCGCCAUGAAGGCCAAGGACACGAUGUACGGUGCUGCUUCAGAAGCUGCAGAGCAUACUUCCCACGAGGCCAGACAAGCAAAAGAGGCCGUGAAGAACAAGGCUGGGGAGGCGAAGGACAACAUAGCGGACAUGGCCGGAGAUCAGGCGACCGCCGCCGAUGAUGCCAAAAGAGCAUACGAGGGAGCGAAGCAAAAGGUGGCGGAGUCCUACGCGACUGCCAAGGACACCAUGGCCGGCGGCGCGCGAGAGAAGUACGAGACAGCCAAGGAGAGAGCCUCGCAGGUCUCAGGCGAAGUGGGAGCCAAAAUGCGGGAGAUGGCCAGAGAACUAUAAGAAGCAGCAGCAGGAGUAGUUGGCUUCACAGCAAGCAGUAACCGAGAGAGAAGUUGACGUUCCAUAUGUUAUAUUUUUUGUUCUUCUUGUCACGGGGGAUGUAAUGUUGAGUUGGAUAGAAAUCAUUCGAAUACACAGCUGCUUGGGAAUCACACGUUUAGCAUGCUGCAUUUUAGGACAU